CAGAGAUCAGGUCCUUCUAGGCAUGGGAAUAUAGUAAAGGAUCAAAUUCAACACCUCACCUAGAAUAUGGCACAAAUGGAAAGAAGUGUACACGCAAUUGAGCAAGCGGUAACGCUUCUAACAGAAAACCAUGGCCAAUUACAUUUGCCGCCGGUUCGUGCACAUCGGGCUUGUGUACCACCAAGGAGGUAUUCUCCAUCACAAAUGUUUGGAAAUCAACGAUGCACCCCCCAAUCACAGGAUAUUUUGUUCCCCCUGGUGCAAAGAGAAGGUUCAAAUGUGGAAACACAAGAGAACGAUCCUGACUAUGUCCCAUCACAACGGUCAACGAGUGCAGACAAUAUCAACACUCUCGAACCAACCUCGGCUUUUUCAAUCCCACAUUGGAACUUUUGUCCUCACAGGGGUGAUGAACCUACACAGGCCAAUUUGGAGGAUAAAAUAAUGCUAACAAACCGCAAGGCGCAAUUAAGUCGCACGCAGGACUCCCUUAGGGAGCGAAAUGAAACUCUGCAAAAGGACAUGGAAACUUUGCGCCAACAAAUGGAAGAGUUGCGCAUGGCACAGCAACAGGCAACAGAUGCUCCACAAAUAGCCUCUAUAGGUGAUCCAUUCUCUGACGAGAUAAUUAAAGAACUCAUGCCUCCAUCAUUCAAGCCACCUCAGUUGACACAAUAUGAUGGAAAACAAGACCCGAUAGAGCAUGUGAGAAGUUACAAGCUAGCAAUGAUGAUUUAUGGAGUGUCUGAUGCAUUAUUGUGCAAAGUGUUCCCUUAUACACUGAAGAAAGCAACUCAAACCUACAAAGUCCCAAAGAAGACUAACCACCAUCUAAUGAGUAUUAGGCAGAAGACUGAUGAAAGUUUAAGGGCCUACAUUGCUCGUUUCCAUAAUCAAUCUCUGCAGGUGGAUAAUCUGGAUGAAGGAAUGGCAAUGCAUGCCUUGAUGAAUGGCUUGAAAGAUUGUAAUUUCUUGCACUCUCUAAAUAAAGAAAAACCAAAGAGCCUUAAAGACAUACUUCACAGGUCAGAAGGCUAUAUUCGAGCUGAAGAACGUGUUAUAGCCAAGAAAGGUGUCCUGCCUUCAGCAACUCCAAUAUCUAUGGCUUUAGCAAUCAAAGGAAGCAAUGAAAGCCAACCUUCAACUCAAACCAUCACUUUCACUGGGAAGGAUUUGGAUCAAAGGGAGGUGUUCCUACAUGAUCCACUAAUGAUUGAAAUAGUGGUGGAAGAUAGAAAUCUACAAAAGGGCAAGGUGAUGAAGCGUGUCUUGGUGGACACAAGGAGUUGCAGAGAUGUGAUGUGUUAUGGAGCAUUCAAAAAGCUAGGAGUAUCUCCACAACUAAUGAGACCUUGUGAUUUUCCGUUGGUAGGCCUUUUUAGAAAAUCCAUGCCCAUAAGAGGUAUUAUCUCUCUCCCUAUUCAUAUUGGUGUUUCCCCUUGUGUGGCUGUUGUUACCUUAGAUUUAUUUGUUAUUGAUGUCCCUUCCUCUUUUAAUGCAAUUUUGGGACGUCCUAGGCUUAACUCCUUAGAAGCGAUGGUCUCUACACAAGUAAUGAUGAUAAAGUUCCCUACGCCAAAUGGAGUUGGAAUGGCAAGACGGAAGCCUGUUGAAGUAGUGGAGCGAACACCACAAGCUCAAGACCAAGUGCAAACAUCAAAACCUAACAAAGUGACUAAGAAAAAGUACAAGUCAAAACAUUGGGAUCUGGUGGCUCUUGGAGAUAUUGUCAGGGAAAAAACUCUGAUAGUAAACAGCCUAGACAUGAGGGAGGAAUUGAAGGAAUGUCGAACUGAGCCAAUUGACCAAGUAAAACAUGUGGUUCUUGAUGAGAAGAGGCCCGAGCAUAUAGUCAACAUUGGUGUAGACAUGGAUCCAAGCUUUAUGGUGCAAUUGGAAAAUUGCUUAAGGGAGCAUAAAGACAUUUUUGCAUGGUGUCCAACAGACAUGCCAGGUAUCAAUCCAAAGGUUGCAUGCCAUAGGCUUGGAGUUAACCCAGAUGCUGUUCCUGUUAGACAAAAAGUGCGACACUUCGAAGCUGAAAGGACUGUAGCUAUUGAAGAAAAGGUAGCAAAGCUUAAAGAGGCAAGAUUCAUUCAAGAGAUUACUUUUUCUGAAUGGUUAUCAAAUGUGGGAUAUGAGUUGAGCCAAGUAAGAAGGUCAGAGAACCUUAAAGCCGAUGCCUUGGCAAAGCUAGCAAGCACAGGGCUAGAUAAUGGAACGAAAUUUGCAAGUGAGGCCUUCAAAGAUUUCUGCGAAACAGGAAAGAUAAAGAGGAGGUUUUCGGUCAGAGCACAAUUAGAGACAAAAGGUUUGAGUUUACAGCAAAUUGAGCAGAGGUUUGCUUCUGUAGCUUAUCUAGAGUCUAAUGGACAGGCAAAGGCAGCAAAUAAGGCUAUUUUGGAGAGUUUAAAGAAGAAGAGAACAACACAUAAGACUCCAACAGGAGAAACUCCAUUCAAUUUAACAUAUGGUUCAGAAGCUGUGGUGCCGGUUGAAGUUAAGGUGCCAAAUUACAGAACAAACUACUUUAAUGCCAACUCCAAUGAACAAGCUUUAAGGGAGAAUCUGGAUCUUUUGGACAAAGCUAGGGAUCUGUGCCAAAUCCAUGUUGCCCAUUACCAUAGGAGAGUGGAGAAGUACUACAACAGUAAAGUUAGACCCAAGGACUUACACCAAGGAGACUGGGUCUUAUGAAAGGCAGAGGUCACAGAGCACAAUUCUCAUGAAGGGAAGUUACGCCCUAGUUGGGAAGGACCAUAUUUGAUCAAAAAGACUUGAGUAAUGGAGCUUUUAAACUUGUUAAGCCGAGUGGAACUCCAAUCCCAAGGGCUUGGAAUGCAGUUCAUCUGAAGAAGUAUUAUCAGUAAUUUUUUCUUGUUUUAGCAAGGUUGAAUAAAUUUUGUGAAUAAAA